CUGCAAAAUAACACAAAAAAAGUAGCAAUUAAUUGAACUUAUAAAGCUAAAGCGUAAGUAGAAACGGUUUUAAACUGUGCAUGCUGAAAAUAUGGAUAAGGCUUUGUCCUAAGAGUGCAUUUCGAAAUUAGGAAACGUUAUAUUUUGCUGCUUUAAAAGUAAAUGAAAAUAUAGGAAGUGCAGUUGAGAGUUCAUAAAGGGCGCAGCAACAAACACAGAAAAACAAAAACAAAGCCAUGUCUUCGCUUUCCGCAUCAGCGGAAAAUGUGUCCACAAUGGGCAUGGGACAGGAUUCGAACUCGCAUCAUGGCUCUGAUGGCGGCUCAAGCAUGUGUCUGGAGUUGGCGCUGGAGGGUGAGCGUCUCUGCAAAGCUGGCGACUGUCGGGCGGGCGUGGCUUUCUUCCAGGCGGCCAUACAAGCGGGUACAGAUGAUUUGCGAACGCUAUCAGCCAUUUACUCGCAACUAGGCAAUGCUUACUUCUAUUUGGGCGACUACACCAAGGCGAUGCAGUAUCACAAGCACGAUUUAACGCUAGCCAAAUCCAUGAACGACAAGCUGGGUGAAGCCAAAUCCUCUGGCAAUCUAGGCAACACACUCAAGGUAAUGGGACGCUUCGAUGAGGCGGCUAUUUGCUGCGAUCGCCAUCUGACGCUAGCACGCCAGCUAGGCGACAGACUCUCUGAGGGACGCGCACUUUACAACCUGGGAAAUGUAUACCAUGCCAAGGGCAAGCACUUGGGUCAGCGUAAUCCAGGCAAAUUUGGUGAUGAUGUUAAGGAAUCACUCAGCAAGGCAGUAGAGUUUUAUCAGGAGAAUCUACAGCUGAUGUGCGAGAUGGGAGAUCGCAAUGCGCAAGGACGCGCCUGUGGCAACCUAGGCAACACCUACUACCUGUUAGGUGACUUUCAGGCUGCUAUUGAGCAUCACCAGGAACGCUUGCGCAUUGCGCGUGAAUUUGGCGAUCGUGCGGCAGAGCGUCGUGCCAACAGCAAUCUGGGAAACUCGCAUAUCUUUUUGGGUCAGUUCGAGGAUGCGGCCGACCAUUACAAGCGUACACUGGCUCUAGCUGUAGAGUUGGGCGAGCGUGAGGUGGAGGCGCAGUCCUGUUAUAGCCUGGGAAACACGUAUACGCUGCUGCAUGAGUUUGCCAUGGCCAUAGAGUACCAUUCACGUCACUUGGCCAUAGCCCAGGAGCUGGGGGACCGCAUUGGCGAGGCGCGCGCAUGUUGGUCGCUGGGUAAUGCCAACUCCGCCAUUGGCCAGAAUGAGAAGGCGUUGCAGUUUGCCGAAAUGCACUUGUCGCUGGCCAAGGAAUUACAUGACCAGGUUGGCGAGAGCACAGCACGCAUUAAUAUUUCCGAUUUGCGUAAGCUGAUGGGCAUGCCGGAAGCGGACCAUACGCCGACACCAGAAGAAGAGCGCUCCAGCGCUUCGGAUCAUUCAGCCAGCGGGCAUCAGUCGGACGGCUCGGAGAACUCACAGGGACGCAUGGUGCGCGUGCGUCGCCAGAGCAUGGAGCAACUGGAUUUAAUCAAAAUCACACCGGAUGGCAAACGCGCGCAGGAGGAGAAAAACAAGGCGGGCGCCAGCGUCAACACCAAAGCCAAAGAGGAUGACUUUUUCGAGCUACUCUCACGUACGCAGUCUAAGCGCAUGGAUGAUCAGCGCUGCUCCAUUAAGAUCAAUAGUGGUGCAGCCACUGGCGCCACACGCAAGCCGCUGGUGCAGCAGAACUCGCUGUUUGUGGAUCCCACCAAUCUGCCGGGCCUAAAGUCACCCUCAGCCGCUGGACCAGCAAGCAUAGCCCAUGGACAUUCACAUGCACCGCUGCAAAGGAGCGCCACGACUACACAACAGCCGGAUGACGCUUUUCUGGACAUGUUGAUGCGUUGCCAGGGCUCGCGUCUGGAGGAACAGCGUUCCGAGUUGCCACGUGCGCAUGUCACCAUGGAUGCAGAGGCGCCACAACCGGUGCCAGCUGCACCAGCUCGUGGUCGAGGCACCACUGUUCCAGAUGAAGAUUUCUUUUCAUUAAUAAUGAAAGUGCAAAGUGGACGCAUGGAGGAUCAGCGUGCCUCGAUAACCUUUAAUGCGCAGCGUAAUGCGCGCGGCCCCAACAACAAUAGCAAUAGCAACAACAACAGUAACAACAACAAUGCUGCUGCCAAGUAAACAACGUCCCAUAUAAAGUCCAGCUCCAGCAGCGAUUUGCAUCAUUUGUUAUACGUACAAGCGAUUUAUAUAGAUUUUAUUUUAAGAUACAAAACACACACACACAAACACACAGCUGAAGAGAGUUUCCAUUUAAUUAGCGACUAACCAAAAAUAUACACAUAAACAUUAAACAUACUCACUGGCAACAGUUUGAUAUUUGAAGAGUUCAAUUUGCAUGUCAGCUUGUUAAAAACUUUUAAAAGAUAUUAAUGUUUCAAUUGCAUGCACUUUAUGUAUUUAACAAAAACAUUUAUUAAUAGUUUAAGCUCGAAAUAGUCCAAUGAGAAUGUUAGAUGUUUUUUCUUUCAAACAAACACUGCACUUAUAUACACUUGGAAGCUAUGGGCGCCCACUAAAUAAUAAGUUAUAAACAAAUACAUACACAUACAUAUAUACGUUAGUUAUCUAAGCAAUUGCAUUUUUGCGCUACGAAACUUUCCAAAAUUGUAACUACAAGUAUUUGCAUCUGCAUUUUCUUUUUCUAUACUCUUAACACUCUAAACAUACACUAAGCUACAAAAUAUACUUUUAUUUUUAAACUUUUUAAACAAAGAUAUUAUUAAUGAACUCUAAACUCGAAAAUUCAAAAGUUGUGGCAUAAGUUUACACUAAAAAACGAAACGAAAUUGUGUUUAUUAUAUUAAAACUAUUGAACUGAAAUUGCAAAACAUUGAAACUGAAACAUGCAUGUGCAUAAAUUUUGCUUGAAAAUUGAAAAUGAAGCCAAAAUUUAUUAAGAGUUAAAAAUAGUAUUGAAUGUAUUAACAGCAGCUCAGCUCGAACAGCGUUAUUCUUGUAUUAUUAAAUAGAAUAUUCAAAAUCAAAAGCAACUGUUUGAAAUUAAAACUUGAUAUCAAACUAUAAAGGUUUAAUUAUGUAUUAAAUGCUGAAUUUAAUUG